AUGCGUGAGGAGGUGGCGGCGAAGUCGCAUCUCGGCACGGAGAUCUUCAGGCACAUGCAGACUGGCUCGCUGGUGCCGGACGAGAUCACCGUGAGGCUCCUGAAGAACGCGAUGCUCAAGCACAAGGACACCAACCGUUUCUUGAUCGACGGUUUCCCCCGGACCCUGGAGCAGGCAAAGAUGUUCGAGCACGAGGUCGCGACGGUCUCCUUCGCCGUCAGCUUCGACCUGAGCGCAGACGUGAUGCGCGAGCGCAUCGCCGCGCGUGCCGCCGCGGCUCCUGGGCGGGUGGACGACAACCCGGAGACCGUGGAGAAGCGCCUGAAGGUGUUCGAGGAGCAGUCGAAGCCGGUCAUGGACUUCUACGACCCCAUCGGCAGGCUGCGCAGGGUCAGCGCCGCCGCGAGCGUCGAGGAGGUCUACGCCGAGACGCGGCGGCACUUCUGCAGCAGCUUCGUCUACCUGCUCGGGCCCCCGGGCGCCCCCGUGGUGCCCGUGGCCCGCCGGCUGGAGGAGAAGUACGGGCACUGCUGCGUGGACGUGCCCGCCCUGCUGCAGGCGUACGGCGACUCGAAGGAGGAGGACUCCACUCCAGAGACGCCCCGGCCGUGA